AUGCAUAGGUCCAGAUGCGCGCACGUGCCCUGCUACUGCCAUGAGUGCACGCCGCCAUUCGAGGGCUCGCCGGAGAGCCUCGUGCAUCACCUCACGGCACCGUCCGGCAUUCACUCCUGGCCCGCGGUGAACAUCAAGUACGAGACGUGCUACCUGUUCAUCGUGCCAGAGUCACUGGAGGAUCACCGCCGCCUGCUAGUCGCGCAGGAGGAUGACAUCGUCUUCCUCUUGGCCGUGGGCACGGGCAAGGCCCGCGUAGGCCGCCGCCAGUCUCUGUCGUGCGUGCUCACUGUUUCUGCCCCUCCGGCGUACGAGGGCGACCUCGGCGCCUCCCUCAUGCUGAAUGGGACUGUGGCGAGCUGCUCCGUUCCUGGCAAUGUGGACAUGGAAGACGACUGGUUUGAUACGUUUGUUCACCCCAAUGUGAUGCACGGGGACUCCAAUGAGUAUGGGAUCUUCCAUGCAUGA